UUGGCGUCGGCGGCGAGCCCAGGAGGCGGACAGAUCCUUCCCCCAACCCGUGGGCAGGCAAUGGUGACAGUUUGAAGUGGGGCAACGGUCAGUCAGUGCGCUCUGCUAUCACUGCGGUGCGAUGGAGGCGCUGAUUCCCGUCAUUAACAAGCUGCAGGAGGUGUUUAACACGGUCGGGGCCGAUAUCAUCCAGUUGCCGCAAAUCGUGGUGGUGGGGACACAGAGCAGUGGAAAAAGCUCAGUACUGGAGAGUCUGGUGGGUAAGGACUUGCUCCCCAGAGGUACCGGUAUUGUCACUCGAAGGCCAUUAAUACUGCAGCUAGUGAAUGUUUCCCCUGAGGAGCAGCGGAAAGGAGCAGGAGAUGAUGAUGACACAGCCAUGUGGAAAAAUUAUGGCCAGCUUCACAAAGGAAUUGAUGCAGAAGAAUGGGGAAAGUUUCUUCACACAAAACACAAGAUCUAUACUGACUUUGAUGAAAUUAGGCAAGAAAUAGAAAAUGAGACAGAAAGAGUUUCCGGUGGCAAUAAGGGUAUUAGUGCUGAACCAAUUCACCUCAGGAUCUUCUCACCACAUGUAGUUAAUCUGACACUUGUCGAUCUUCCCGGAAUGACAAAGGUACCUGUGGGUGACCAACCCCGAGACAUAGAAGUGCAGAUAAAAGACCUGAUACUACGAUACAUCAGCAACCCAAACUCAAUCAUCUUAUCUGUCACUGCUGCCAAUACUGAUAUGGCAACCUCAGAGUCACUUAAAAUUGCCCGGGAGGCAGAUCCAGAAGGACGGCGAACACUUGCUGUUAUCACAAAACUGGAUCUUAUGGAUGCUGGCACUGAUGCUAUGGACGUGCUUAUGGGAAGAGUUAUUCCAGUUAAAUUGGGUAUCAUUGGAAUUGUGAGCAGGAGUCAGCUAGACAUCAACAAUAAGAAAACUGUGGCAGAUGCUUUAAAAGAUGAACACGCUUUUCUACAAAAGAAAUACCCUUCUCUUGCUAACAGAAAUGGAACUAAGUAUUUGGCCAAAACUUUGAAUAGAUUGCUAAUGCACCAUAUCCGAGAUUGCUUACCAGAACUUAAGACCAGGAUAAAUGUCCUGGCUGCUCAGUAUCAGUCUUUACUGAAUAGCUAUGGUGAACCAGUGGGGGACAAGAGUGCAACAUUGCUGCAGCUCAUCACCAAGUUUGCAGCCGAGUAUUGCCACACAAUUGAGGGAACAGCAAAAUACAUUGAAACUUCAGAACUUUGUGGCGGAGCAAGAAUAUGCUACAUUUUUCAUGAAACAUUUGGACGUACUUUAGAAUCAGUAGAUGCAUUGGGUGGUCUCAACACUAUUGACAUUCUCACUGCAAUUAGAAAUGCCACUGGUCCACGUCCAGCACUUUUUGUUCCUGAAAUCUCUUUUGAGUUGUUAGUGAAACGACAGAUCAAACGCCUGGAGGAGCCCAGCUUAAGAUGUGUUGAAUUGGUCCAUGAGGAAAUGCAGAGGAUUAUACAGCACUGCAGCACAUACAGUACACAGGAAUUGCUUCGAUUUCCAAAACUUCAUGACGCUAUAGUCGAGGUUGUGACAUCAUUGUUGCGCAGGAGAUUACCUGUUACUAAUGAUAUGGUCCACAAUCUGGUAGCCAUUGAACUUGCAUACAUCAAUACAAAACACCCUGAUUUUGCAGAUGCCUGUGGUGUUUUGAACAGUAACAUAGAGGAGCAAAGGCGUAAUCGCUUAGCAAGGGAGCUAGGCUCUGGUCUGCCUCGAGACAAGUCUUCUAAAGCUCCCAGUUCUGUGUCUGCCCCUCCCCAGGAGUCUUCUACUGUUGCUUCUGCUGAGUUUGAGGGAAAGGUUUCAGGGAAAGAAGUUCAAAUCCAGAAUGGAAAUCCAGAUGGUGUAACAACUGGAAAUUGGAGAGGAAUGUUGAAAACAUCCACUGCAAAGUCAGAAGAAGGACCAUCUGAAGAAAAACCUAAGCAUCCUGCUCCUGGGAGUCCGCAUAGGGGACCGUCAGUAAAUUUCCUUGAUGUGCGUGUUCCUGUCUCACGUAAACUUUCAGCACGGGAGCAACGAGAUUGUGAAGUCAUUGAACGACUCAUCAAAUCCUACUUUCUGAUUGUGAGAAAAAACAUCCAGGACAGUGUGCCAAAGGCUGUGAUGAAUUUCCUAGUCAAUUAUGUGAAGGAUAAUCUCCAAAGUGAAUUGGUUGGUCAACUGUACAAAUCAAUGCUGCUGGAAGAUCUUCUUACAGAAUCAGAGGACAUGGCCCAGCGCAGGAAGGAGGCUGCAGACAUGCUGAAGGCCUUACAACGAGCUAGUCAGGUUAUUGCAGAAAUACGGGAAACACAUCUGUGGUGAACCUGUUGGCGACACAUCCUAGCGUUACUUUGGAUGGAUGCAUCAAUUACUUGAAUGCUGCUGAAUUGAAAAUGCACUGUUCAUUUGCUUACUGUGUAAAAAUGUAUUUAUGAACUUUCAACUGUGGUACUGUGAAGAAAACUACAGAAAUUCAACAUCAUAAAUGUCAAGCCCUUAAUGGUGUAUUUCUUACUGAGCUUGUGUAAUAUUUGCUUCAUAGUUAUGUGUGGUAGAAAGCACAAUGUAAGUUUAAAUUGGAAAUAGAAAUCUUUUGGAAUCAAAAAAUUCACUGAUCUUGCCUCCAUUCCAGCUUUGUGAUCUCUCUGCAAUGUUUGCUCAUUAGGUAGGCAUUUAAGAUCAUAUGGUACAAAAGAGCUUAAAAGAAAUAAUAUUUUGCAUCAACCAUUUUUGCCUAUAAAUCACGUGAAGUCACCACAUAAUCUGCAGAACAGUUCCAUUAGGUGUAUGAGAGAUCUUUUUACUGAUUUAUAGGUGUCCAUGUUGUCAAGAGCAUAUAGCCAAGGACCAAAUAUUUACAUGUGAAAAUUUCUUUCUGGUCUGCAUAAGUUACCAACUUGGAAAUUUUGUAAAUGCUAGUAUAAUUUUUCCAUGUAGUUCAUGAAGCAGGCCAAAUUAUAAUAGAAAUGAAGGCUCAUGAAUGAGUGUGAGAACUAUGCCAAGAAAUUGAGCAGCCAAGUAAGGCUUGUCUGAUUAGGAGAUGUUGAAAACAAGUUAGUAAGAUUGGUUGAUUCUGAGACGACAAAAGAGUAAGUGACAGGAAACCCUCCAGCAGACCUAAUGCAGGUGAAUUAAGAUUGUUGUAUCCUUACUGGUCUGGGUGCGGAUGUUGAAACAGGGAGCUGCUGUGACAGUUACUUCUUAGAUAAAUAAAGAAUUAACAUUGUCACGAUGUUAGAAUUUAUGUUUAUAAAUACAUACGAAGAAGAGUUUACUGUUCUCGAGAACCAAUGAAUGUAUCACAGAAGAACAAAAAUCGGCUGUACACAACUUCCUAACUCAAAAUAGAAAUAACUUCUCAUGCAUUGUGUUCCUUUUAUAGCUGGCUUCCAUACUUGCGCUCCCAUUUUUGGAUAAUGCAUUACACUUGGUAGAACAGGAUAUAUGAUCUCUGUGUAUUGGAUCUUCACUUAUCACUUAGUGCUAUAUACAUUACUAAGCGUUAAAUUGCUGUUUGAUAUUUUGCAAUUUGCUUUCGUACUUUUGGUGGAGAAAACUCCUAUGUUAUAAUUACUGCUGAUCUCUUUGAUUCUUGCUCCACCUUUAAAGAAAAAUAAAAAAUUGAAAUAAAUGUUAAGAGUCAAGAAAUGACCAAUUCCAAUCCGAGCUGCAAUAAUGUUGGAAUCAUUCCCAGUUUCUACUGGCUGUCGCAUUAAAAACAUUAUCGUUUGCUGUACGCUAGAAAUGAACACUUGCAGCAGUGUCAGUUUAUUUGUGAGCACCUAUUGGCUUGUCUGAUCUCUUAUGUUUUUUUUAAAAUGACUACCUACAAGACAAUAAUAUAGAACGCUGCUUAGACAUAACAGGAAAGGGAGAAACAUGGAUCAAUUCUUCAUAUUCCAGAAUUCGAUAAAGCUGAUUUCAGUGGAAUGACGUGGAGACUGCCAUAGUAAACUGGGAAACUCUGCUAAUUGGUAAAUAGCAUAAAAAAAAUCAGUCAAAGGUGUUCAAAAAAUAAGCCAAUGUGAUAUACUUUGUGUACCUAAAGGGCAGAGGCUGUAUUUACCACAAAUGCCAUAAAAAGGUAGGGGACAACAUAGAAACAGAAAUCACAUGAAAAUGCAGAACAGACAGAUUCUUGUGCACAGGAAAUGCAUAAAGAACAGCAAGGGGUGCCAAGACCAAGGGACCUACAAACAGGAAAUAUGAAAAGAAACUUGCAAUAGGAUGUCAAGAUCAGAAUAGAUUUAGAAAAUUAUAGCAGAAAAACUCACUUGAGGUUCCUUAAUUUAUGAUAUUGUAAAUGAAAAUCUCAUUAGUUAUGUUUGAAAAAUUACUUUUCAUUGGUUCUUACAGUAAAGGGAAAAGAUACCAUGUUGGAUAAUACAAAGCAACUAAUCUGAAAUGGGGAUGCAGAAUAAUUAACAUUUGCAAAUAAUUAUGAUGAAGAAGAUAAAGCCUUAAACCAUGACAGAGUUCUAAGUCCAAAUAGUUUCCAUACUAGGAUUUCAAAACAAAGUAAGAACUUGGAGAUGCCUUGUUUAUAAUCUUCCAAAAUUCUCUUGAUUCAGAAACCACUCCUUUAGUUUGGAAAAAUUUUAUAUGUUGCUUUACUAUUAAGCGGUGAGGGCAGAUGUAAAGAAUUUUAGGAUAGUUCACUUAAUAUCUAAUAGCUUAACAUAUAACACCAGAAAAUGACUAGGGUCUAUAAUUAAGAAUAGGGUGACUGAAUGCUUUGAAAUUUUUAUCCAAUCAGAGAGAGAGAAAACAGAUUUGUAAAUGAACCACAUAGAACUGUUGGAAGAAGUGACUGAUGUAAUAGACAGGACAAUGUCAAUGCAUGACAUUUGAGAAGGAUUUGAUAAAAGUUUCUCACAAGGGACUUUUAGGUAAAACCAAAGCUUAUGAAGUGGAAAUUAUUAACUUGAUUACAAAAGAUGUUGAACAUACUCUUUAAUAGUUUCACCAGGAAUUGUCAGGGCUUCAACUACUCACUAUUUGUUGCUGUCCUGGAUGAUAGAAUAGAAAACCACUCAUCCAGAUUUGCUGAUUGCACAAUGCUAAUCAGAAUUCUAUGCAGUGAGGAUAGAACCAUAAAUUUAUAAAAACAUAAUAAAGUGAAUGGGCAGAACUGUGGCAAAUGGAUUUAAAUUAUUCACUGAAACUAUUUGUAAGGAGCAGGUAGUUAGAGUGGAAAGAAGAGGUUAAGAACAUAAGAAACCAAUUAACUAAAUGAUUUCAAAAAGUAACGGGGGGAUGGCAUCUCAUCUUAGAACUAGGAACAGAAUGUGAUAUUUAAGCCUGAUCUUUUUAUUAGGAAGAGGGCCAAAGAAAUUUGACAGAGAGUCAACAGCUUCUGUAUUGUAAGGAUGAGCUGAGACAUAGCUCGAUAAUGCUUUUAAACAAGAUUCAAAUCUGAUCCACUUGCUGGCAAAAUAGUCGCUGUGUCUGUGUUAUGGACUCAAAAAUUUAACCUGGAUGAUCAUUUAAACUUAGUGGCAUGAUUCAUAGAUUAAUUAUUCUUGUGAUUUACAAAUAGUGUGUUUGAAUUAAUGUGCAGUAGGACAAAGCAAAGAUUGAGGUUGGUGAAUGAAUAUCUUAUAAUUGUAGUGAACAUAAUGUCAAAGAGACGGGAUAUUAAAUUUGAAGUAAUAAGCUAAACUUGAAACUCUCAUACCCUUAAUUCAUGCAUUUCUAGAAAUAAAUUUUGUUUGCAAUUCAGUAGACAUGAUUUCUGACAGAAUAUGUUUUACAAAUAAUUAUAAGAUUGUGACAUAUGCCAGUUGUUGUGCCAUUUUUACAAUUAAGGAAAGUGCCGAAUGAAAACAUCUACAUUCUCCCAGAAGCACGUCUUUUUUAACUAGAAGUAUUUCUUAAUCAAAUAGCUGCAAGACAUAGCCAGCCAUAUUGUGCCAGAGAUAAUGGGUUUUCUGAUGAAGGGUCUAGGUCCGAAACAUCAGCUUUUGUGCUCCUAAGAUGCUGCAUGGCCUGCUGUGUUCAUCCAGCUCCAAACUUUGUUUUCAGCCAUAUUGUGCAGUGGUUUUCUGGUGUCUUUAUCUGCUAUGAGAUGACUUAAAGCUAAAUGGAUGAAACAAUUUUUGUGUGCAGAACAAUUUUUUUCUCAUAUUUUACUGUUUUUCUCUGCAGUAGCAUUAUUUUCAAUUCCACUGCUAUUCACGGAACAAGUGAACAGAAUUAUGUAUUCCAGUAUCUAAAACACAGAUGUCCGCUAUGUAGAAUUAUUUGACUUAUUGGACCACCCAUUGUGAUGUGUACAGUUUUGCCAAAAUUGAAGCUGGCUUUGACUCGAUGUCACGAACUACUGUCAGACAGGUUUGUUAGACAGAAGCCAGCAGUCCUGAGCUUAGGUGAUGACUGUAAGCAUUUAAGGCAGCACAGGUCUGGGAAUUGAACCGUUCAUCUGUCUACCUAGACAUGUCGUUGCAGUUAUAUUUUAACAUCAAUAGGCUAGAGGAACCAUAGAAUCGAUUAAUGUGGCCACAAUAUGAACAUUACUCACUUGACUCAGUUUUUGGCAUCUGAAUGAAAUAAUUGCAUAAAUUAUGGCUUUUUAAUGGUUCAUUCAAAUAUUUCCAUCACUUCCAUUUGUGAAUGUAGUGUUUCUUUUUGGUUUUGAUGGAAUAUAUAUUAAAUGAAAAGUUUCUGUUCACUCAUGUCAAGCAUGUAUAAUUUAAUUAACCAAGAUAUAUGUGCAGUAAGUUGUAUAUCACCCUUACAAUGGGCUAUUUACAAUUGGAUAGCCUAAUAUCUCAUGGUUAACUAUAAGUUUCUGGUAAAAAUCCUGCAUUGUGUAUGUUUGAAUUGUGUAUAGAUUUCUUAUGUUUGAAACAUACUAAUGUGCAGUUUAUUUCCUAUAUGUCAUGUGCACCUAACUACCUCUAUAGUCAUGGCCAUUUCUGACAAUUUCACUUGAUUUUCAUCUUUUAAGACACACUAACUGAAUAAAAUUUGAAUUGGCAUUGGUAAAGAUUACUAUUGAGUAUAUCUUGGACUUGUCAAGCUGUUGUUUAGUAAAUUGUUGCUCAUAAGGUUUUACUUCACUUGAACUAUUUUGAUAACAUCUGUACUUGAAAACUCCUAACUAUAUAUGUUAUUAAGAAAAGUCUUAUGAAAUAUAUACUGUUUGCCAAAGUAACAUAAUGAUAAUUCAAACUUUACAAUUACUAAAUUAAUUGUUUGUUUUAUUAUUUGUAUUGCUUAAUUCAAUUUAAACUAUCAGGAGUAAACUUAUCACUAAAAUAGAACGUUAACUUGAAACAGUUAGCUUGUUAAUGCUAAUUUGUUUAACACAUUCACUAAUUAAAUGAUGAAUAGAAAUUCUACUUAAAUCCAAAUGUAAAUGCACAACUUGCUGAACAAUCACUUGCCAACCAUGAUCAUUCAAUAACUAAGCAAAAUUUGUUUUUAUAUAUUCCUGUGUGUGUAUGUAUGUGUAUAAUUAUAUAUGUAUAUAAAACAUAUAAUGCAGAGUUGUGCUAGGAGGGCAGAGGCUGGUGAAGACAAAAUUGUGAGAUAUCCACUAAAUGAAUUGGUAGUGGGAAUUUGCAAUCUGAAUUCAUUGGUAAGUCAUGGGUGAAUAGUGUGUUAUCUGAAUUUUUAGUUUUUCUACUGUAAAACAAAAGACACUUAAUGGUCUCUCUGAUGAAGGGUCUAGGCCCGAAACGUCAGCUUUUGUGUUCCUGAGAUGCUGCUGGGUUUGCUGUGUUCGUCCAGCCUCACAUUUUAUUAUCUUGGAUUCUCCAACAUCUGCAGUUCCCAUUAUCACUGAUACAAUUUUUAACCUCAUUGCGAAGUCUGUUCCAGGGAUGCCUAACCUGAAGAAGUUACUCUCCUCCCUCCGGACCAACCUCAGGGAAUCUCUCUCUCACACUUAAUGGAUUCUGUGGUUUCAAGGCUUGUAUAUUUUUGCUCAAAUUUUCAUUGAAACCUGAAAGGGAAACUGACUUUUCUAGUUUCUAAGGGAACUAAGACUGAAAUUGGCAAUGUAUUUGGGGAGACUGAAACUAGCCGAAACCAUGUGAAAUGUCAGUUCCAUCAGAGCACAAAUUUUAUUGGCCCCAGUUGUGCAGUACAGGCAGGCUGGAGAAGCCAGAGGCUAGUUUCAGAAGAUUAUUAUUGGCAACUGUAGAGAUACUGAAAUUAUUUCUAUUACAUGAAGAAAACAUUAGUUGAUCAACACCAUCCAAACCAUCAUAAUUUGAAGAAUUUCUGCAGACAUGUACCAUUUUUGGUGAAGACUGUGCCUUUGAAACUUAGAAUCCCUACAGUGUGGAAGCAAGCCAGCUGGCCUAUUGGGUCUACAUUGACCCUCCAAAGAGCAUCCCGCCCAGACCCAUGCCUUACCCUAUCCUGGUAACCCUGCAUUUCCUAUGGCUAAUCCAUCUAGCCGGCUCAUUACUGCAGAUUAUGGGCAAUUUAGCACAGCAAAUUCACCUACCCUGCACAUCUUUGGACUGUGAGAGGAAAUCCACAUAGACACGGGGAGAAUGUACAAACUCCACACUGUGGAAUCAAAUGUGGGUCCAUGGCGCUAUGAGGCAGCAGCGCUUACCACUGAGCCACUGUGCUGCCCUUGGUUCAGCAUUAUCUGCUAGAAAAUGAGGAUAAAUGUAAGAGUUGAAAUUCUUUGAGGAAGACAGAGUUUUGAGGGAAUUUGUUAUGGAUGUUAAUGACAUGCUGAGUGCACUGCUGGACUAAUUUAUGAGAUUAAUCAUCUGCCUUUUAAUUUGUAAUUGUCAUUUCCCAUCAUUGGCUUGUUAAUUGUUUAAUUUAUGUUGAUAGUUGAUUAUCUAAGAUAGCGGUUAUUGUUUGCUAUAUUUGACUCUAGUAAAAAUGUGUUAGUUUUAAACU